UAAGUCCCCUAAAUUUAAUUAUUUCUAGACAACUAUUUUGAAGAAAUAGUGGUAUUUAAUCAUUUAAUCGACCCAAGAAUGUGGGUGCUAUUGACUUUGUUCAACGUGGUCGGAGGACUUUUGACACAGUCGGAACCGUGUGAUUAUGAUACCAGUGUAGAAUUGAAUAAUAGAACAUUCAAUGGCGUGCUAUACAACGAGGGAGAAUUUUACUAUGACAAUUUAACCAACACGGAGAGAGGAUGUAUCUGUGAGAAAGAGAUUUGUGUAAGAAAAUGCUGCAACCCUGGCUUCGUUUACAACGCCACCCAAAAUGUUUUCGAGUGUCAACCAGAUAACAAAACUGAUAAGUUCACUCGAGACCUGAAAGUGCACCAAGGGUUUAACCUCAUAUCACGAGAAGCGUUCCAUCCCAUGAAAAAGUUUCAUUACAUCUACGGUAAAACGGAUUGCGACCAAUUUAACAACUCUGUGCCCAUUGGUUUAAAGCCAAACGACCUUUGGCGAUUGUUAACGGUAAGUUUCCAUAUUUUGUAUAUUUUUAAACAUUUUGUAAGUAGGUAUUUAAUAAAUCGUUGA